UUCUGCCGUCACCCAUCAGUGCUUCUCAGAAAAGCACCGACUCUUUUCUUAUCACGCUCCCCUUCUGCGACUGGGCAAUACUAGUUCACAUGCUAUGCAUUGUGUUCUUAACUAUUUUUUUUUUUCAAAAUCUGCAGCUCUGAAUUGAAGCUAUUUCUUGUUCAACCUCCAAUGCAUCAAAGAUCUCCACCUCCUCCCUAGUCCCUACCUUCAAACCCCAUCAUCCAACAGACAUUCUCUCUCAUUUCAUUACCAGUUUCAAUGAGCCAAUUCUUGAAUCUGAUUUUCUUUCAAAAACCCACCCCUUUUUAGUUGAUUGUGUUUAAUAGUACCCAGAAUUUUGUUUUUUAAGAUUUCAGUUCAGAGGCAAAGAUCUGGAUUAAACCCAUUUGCAGACAUAAAUCCCAAAUUUUUCCUUAGUGUCCAAUCCUAUUGUUUUCUUCAAUACUCUCAUGCCCCAAGAGUUGUAUAGCAAUCAAGAAAAUGGGGGUAGAGAAGAAAUGGCUAUAUGCACUCUUCUCUAUAGCCUUUGUAUCACUUGUAAUAUUCCUGUCCUGCAUUUCUGGCUUUAGAUCCUCAUACUAUGCAAUCCCCUCCCACCGGUCUUUUGCCUCCACCGCCGUGCACCGUGGGCCGGGCAAUCCCCCGGCCUUCGCCUACUUCAUUACUGGUGGCAUGGGAGACGCCGACCAGAUGUUUAGACUGUUGUUAGCUGUUUAUCAUCCUAGGAAUAGGUACUUGUUGCACAUGGGAGCAGACGGCGGUGAAGAGGAGAGGGAGAGGAGGAAGUUGGGGCUGCUUGUGGAGUCUGUGCCUGCAAUUCGGGCUUUUGGGAAUGUGGAUUUGAUUGGGAAGCCAGAUUCUUUAACUUAUAUGGGCUCAACAAACACUGCUGCAAUUCUCAGGGGGGCUGCAAUUUUGUUGAAGAUGGAGAGUGGAUGGGACUGGUUUAUUACUCUUAGUGCUAUGGAUUACCCACUGAUUACCCAAGAUGAUUUAUUUCACGUCUUCUCAACUGUUAAGAGAGACCUAAAUUUUAUUGACCAUACCAGUGAUCUCGGAUGGAAAGAGGAUCAACGGAUUCGACCCAUAAUUGUUGAUCCUGGGAUUUACUUGACAAGGAAAACCCAGAUUUUUUAUGCCACUCAGAAAAGACCUAUGCCUGAUUCUUUCAAAGUCUUCACUGGCUCUCCAUGGGUUGUUUUAAGCCGUUCCUUUCUUGAGUUCUGUAUUUUGGGUUGGGAUAAUCUUCCCAGAAGGCUUCUGAUGUAUUUUACUAACUCCGUUUUGUCACAAGAGUUCUAUUUCCACUCUGUUAUUUGCAAUUCGCCCGAGUUCAAAAACACAACAGUUAAUGGUGACCUGAGGUAUUUUGUUUGGGAUAAUCCACCUAAGAUGGAGCCCCACUUCCUAAACGCCUCGGAUUUUGACGGCAUGGUUCAAAGCGGUGCUGCUUUUGCAAGGCGGUUCAAGAAAGAUGACCCGGCACUGGAUAUGAUUGACGAGCAUAUCCUCCAUCGCAGCCCUAACCAAGUCACUCCGGGUGCGUGGUGCACUGGCAGGAGGAGCUGGCUGAUGGAGCAAUGCUCAAAAUGGGGCGAUGUCAAUGUUUUGAAGCCGGGACCUCAAAUGGAAAAGUUGGGGUCAUCCGUAAACAAGCUCCUCGACGACUGGAAAUCACAGUCAAAUCAAUGCAGAUGACUGCUGUCAAGGUGCAAUUUUGGUCCUUUUCCUACAAUUCAUUUUUGGGCAAUUCUUCAAAGUCGGGUACUUUUGGUUCUGUUUUUCUGGGUGAUGAUAGAUGUCAUAAUAUCGUGGGUAAUGGUGAUCUAGACAUUGUGUAUGUUGGCUUACUGAACUAGAAAAGGUUGUUGUUUCUUAAAAUUCUUGGUCCCUUACAGAUAUGUAUAAAAUCAUGCAUUGUUGUAUAUUACCCAUUCUUUGCAAUAUGGAGAAAGACUUGUAUUGGUAA